AGCGGCCCCCCUCCGCUCCCGCCACCUGAGAUGGGGCUGAGCCGCCGCGCGCACCGCGGGCUGCUGCUGGCCGCCGCCAUCUGGGCGCUGGGGCGCUGCCAGCUCCGAGGUUUGUUUCCGGCUAUUUUAAAUCUGGCUAGCAAUGCUCAUAUCACCACCAAUGCUACCUGUGGCGAGCAGGGACCCGAGAUGUUCUGCAAACUGGUGGAACAUGUUCCUGGUCGACCUCUACGCAAUGCACAGUGCCGUGUCUGUGACAACAACAGUCCUAAUCCCAAAGAACAGCACCCUAUCUCCAGUGCUAUAGAUGGUACGAAUAAUUGGUGGCAAAGUCCCAGCAUUCAGAAUGGGAGGGAAUAUCACUGGGUCACCAUCACCCUGGAUCUAAGACAGGUCUUCCAAGUUGCAUAUGUCAUCAUCAAAUCUGCUAAUGCUCCCCGACCUGGAAACUGGAUUUUAGAACGUUCUGUAGAUGGCACAAAGUUCACACCAUGGCAAUACUAUGCAAUUAGUGACACAGAAUGCUUAACUCGUUAUAAUAUUACACCGAGACUUGGACCUCCUACUUACAAAAGAGACGAUGAAGUGAUCUGCACCUCUUAUUAUUCCAGACUAGUUCCACUGGAACAUGGUGAGAUCCACACAUCACUUAUCAAUGGUAGACCUAGCGCUGAUGACCCUUCACCAAAGCUAUUGGAGUUUACUUCGGCACAAUACAUCCGUCUUCGCCUGCAGCGUAUCAGAACCCUUAAUGCUGAUCUUAUGACUCUUAGCCACCAUGAUCCUAAAGAUGUUGAUCCCAUUGUUACCAGAAGGUAUUACUAUUCAAUAAAAGAUGUCUCCAUUGGUGGCAUGUGUAUUUGCUAUGGCCAUGCUCGAAGUUGCCCACUGGAUGAAACUGCAAAGAAACUGCAAUGCCAGUGUGAACAUAAUACAUGUGGAGAGAGCUGUAAUGAGUGUUGCCCUGGCUACCACCAGAAACCAUGGAGACCAGGAACCAUUUCUGCUGGUAACACAUGUGAGAAGUGCAACUGUCAUAACAAAGCACAAGAUUGUUAUUAUAGCCAGAGUGUUGCGGACCAGAACAGAAGUAUAAAUAUUCAUGGCCAGUACAUCGGCGGGGGAGUCUGCAUAAGUUGUACUCAACACACUACAGGAAUCAACUGUGAAAUCUGUGCUGAUGGAUAUUAUAGACCACAUAAAGUUUCUCCCUAUGAGGAUAACCCUUGCCAUCCCUGUGACUGUGAUGUGUUUGGGUCCCUGAGUUCCAGCUGCACUAAGGAUGAUGAUCAUUCUGACCUUCAUCAGGGGACUCAGCCAGGUCAAUGUGAGUGCAAAGAAGGUUACUCAGGAGAAAAAUGUGAUCGUUGUGCAUUUGGCUACAGGGGCUACCCAAAAUGUGUGCGCUGUAACUGCAGCAUGGUUGGCAGUAUCAACGAUGACCCAUGCACAGAACCUUGUUUUUGCAAAGAGAAUGUAGAAGGUGAAAACUGUGACCGCUGCAAAGCAGGAUUCUACAAUUUGCAAGAAAGAAAUCCUCAGGGCUGCACAGAGUGUUUUUGCUUUGGGGUUUCUGAUGUCUGUGACAGCCUUGCAUGGCCCAUCAGUCAGGUGUCAGAUAUGGGUAGGUGGUUGGUGACUGAUCUGUAUAAUCCAAACACUGUACAGCCUCAGCAAGGUCAGCUUGAUAGAUCACAUCAAAUAAGUAUCAACAAUACGAUGGCUAUGAAAAUACUGAAGCCCACUUACUACUGGUCAGCACCUGAGCCAUAUCUAGGAAAUAAACUAACUGCAUUUGGUGGAUACUUGAAAUACACUGUAUCUUAUGACAUUCCAAUGGAGAGUGUGGAUAGUGAUAUAGUGUCUAGUGUGGAUAUAAUCAUUCAGGGCAAUGGGCAAUUUCUGAAUACCAGAGCAGAGGGCCUGUCAUUACAGCCAUAUGAGGAAUACUCUAAUGCAGUGCAUCUUGUACCUGAUAACUUCAUAGAUUUUAAUACAAAAAGGGCUAUAGAUCGGGACAGGCUGAUGUCUGUUUUAGUAAAUGUAACUCAUCUUCUGAUUAGGGCUAGCUACAACAUUGCAAAAAGAGCCAUAUACAGGCUGGACUCUGUCACCUUGGAUUCAGCAGGUGCUAAUGUUAUAGAUCUUUCUUCAGCAGCAGAUGUGGAACACUGCGAAUGUCCUCAGGGUUACACAGGGAUUUCCUGUGAGUCCUGUCUUCCUGGGUACUACCGCGUAGAUGGAAUUCUCUUUGGAGGGAUUUGCCAACCUUGUGAAUGCAAUGGCCAUGCAAAUGAAUGUGAUAUCUAUGGGGUUUGCUUUGCCUGUCAACACAACACUACAGGACCUUUUUGCGAUCAGUGCUUGCCUGGCUUCUAUGGCACUCCAUCCCGAGGAACUCCUGGAGACUGUCAGCCCUGUGCCUGUCCUCUGAGAAUGAAUACAAACAAUUUCAGUCCCACCUGCCACUUAGGAAAAGGAGGCGAUGUUAUCUGUGACAAGUGUCGGCCAGGGCAUACAGGAUCACAGUGUGAAAGGUGUGCUAAUGGUUAUUAUGGAAAUCCACUGGUACCUGGCCAGACAUGUGUUCCUUGUGACUGCAACAGGAAUGUAGAUCCUCUAGAAGAUGGCCAUUGUGAUGCAGUCACAGGAGAAUGUUUGAAGUGUGUGGGGAACACAAUGGGCCAUCACUGUGAGAAGUGUGCUGAUGGGUACUAUGGGGAUGCAGUGAUCACUAAAAGAUGUCAUGUCUGUGAAUGCCAUCUGAAUGGUUCACUUUCCAGCAUUUGCCAUCAUGAGACUGGCUUCUGUUACUGCAAACCAAAUGUGACUGGACAAAGAUGUGAUAAAUGCUUGAAUGGUUAUUAUGGCUUGAAUACUGGACUUGGCUGCCUUCCUUGCGGUUGUAGUCAAUCUGGAUCAGUCUCUGAGGAUUGUAAUGACGAGGGCCAGUGUCACUGUGUACUAGGAGUGGCUGGGGAAAAGUGUGAUCGCUGUGCUCAGGGCUUCCAUACAUUCCAGGAUGGUGGUUGUACACCUUGCAAUUGUCCUCAUACUCAGAACAACUGUGAUGCAGAUUCUGGCCAAUGUAUCUGCCCCCCUCACACAGAAGGACCAAAAUGUGAACUCUGUAAGGAAAACUACUGGAGACAUGAUUCUGAGCUUGGCUGCAAGUGUACCUCAGGGCUCAAUCCUCAGCCACCGGGCAAGAAAAAGAUAUGGUGCACUCCAUGCACUCCUCCCUGCUUUUCAUCUCUGGCCUGCAAUUGCAGUGCUGUUGGUUCAGCCAGUCUCCAGUGUGAUUUACUGACUGGUCAGUGCCAAUGUAAAAGUGAAUUCGGAGGAAAAGACUGCUCCAGGUGUGCUUUAGGCUAUAGGGAUUACCCAGAUUGUGUUUCUUGUGACUGUGAAUUGAGUGGGACCAAAGCAGACCAGUGUGAAGAGGGUCAAGGAAUCUGCACUUGUGAAGAAGAGACUGGCAUUUGUGCCUGCAAGGAAAAUGUCUUUGGAUUGCACUGUAGUGAAUGCAAGACUGGAACCUUUGCUCUCCAAGCUAGUAACCCUGUAGGAUGUACUCCUUGCUUCUGUUUUGGGAUGUCAGAAUUCUGUUCAGAAUUAGAAAACCAUGCCAGAAUUCCAGUAACCCUGACUCCAGAUCAGUCCAUUCUUCAUGUGGUUUCUCAAAGUAAUCUCACAGGAACAAAAGAAGGUGUAUUUUCGCAGUUUCAUGAUGUUUUAUUGGAUGCUGCAACUGUCAGACAGCACUUGAAUACAGAACCGUUUUACUGGAGAUUGCCAGAUCAGUUUCAGGGAGACCAACUCAUGGCUUAUGGAGGAAAACUGAAGUACACAGUUGCUUUUUAUGCUUUGGAUGGCUUUGGCACCUCAAAUUUUGAACCACAGAUUCUGAUAAAGGGAGGUCACACCAGUAAAUUAGUCAUCUAUGUGGAUAUCUCUGCUCCAGAAAACAGAGUGAGACAUCACCAAGAAGUAGAAAUAAAAGAGCAUUUCUGGAAAUACUUUAACUCUGUGUCUGACCAACCUGUCUCACACUCCGACUUUAUGUCAGUGCUUAGCAAUGUUGAGUAUGUCCUUAUCAAAGCAUCGUAUGGUCAAGGAUUACAGCAAAGCAGAAUUGCAAAUAUCUCAAUGGAAAUAGGAAUGAAAAUUGAGGACAUGCAUUUGGGCAGAGAGAGAGCACAUCUCAUAGAGCAAUGUGAAUGUCCACCUGGCUAUGCUGGAUUUUCGUGUCAGAGCUGUGCUCUUGGAUACUACAGGGAAAAACAUGCAGACCUGAAUGUAAAAGAGCCACGUCCAUUGAUAAUGCCGUGUGUACCAUGUCAGUGCAAUAACCAUAGUGAGAUCUGUGACUUGGAAACAGGAAAAUGCCUGAACUGCAGAGAUAACACAACUGGUGAUCACUGUGGUGCUUGUGCCCCAGGCUACUAUGGGAAAGUACUUGGAUCUGUCCGUGACUGUUCUCUUUGUGCCUGCCCCAGAGCCAACACCAUUAGCUUUAGUCCUACUUGUGUUCUGAAAGAUGUUGAUGAUUAUCACUGCGAUGCUUGUCUCACUGGAUAUGAAGGGCAGUACUGUGAAAGGUGUUCUCUAGGUUAUUAUGGAGAUCCUGAAGCACCUGGUGGCAGCUGUCAGCAGUGUCAGUGCUAUCCAGAUGGUUCUGUCGACAAUAAUUGUGAUCGUAUAACUGGAAAGUGCAUCUGCAAGCAGGGUGUGGCAGGACAACUCUGUGAUGAAUGUGAACCAAGACACAUCCUUGUGGAAAAUGAAUGUCUUUCAUGCGAUGAUGACUGUACAGGUGUCUUAUUAGAUGACUUGGUUAACCUUGACAAAGCCAUAUUUUCAGUGAAUCUCACUGAUGUUGUCCUUGCCCCAUAUGGGAAAUUAUCAGAGUUGGAGAAUACAACAAAACAAUUCAAGCGGGUUUUAUUACCUAGAGAAGAUCCACUUCAUUCAAUACAGACAGCAAAAGAACAUCUGAUGAGUAUAUCGGGACGCACUGAUCAACUGCAAAAGGAGUUGACUAGAAUGUUGGAGAGAGGCUGGCAACUCAACAGCAGCACUCAAAGAAACAUGAACAGGAGUCAGGAAUUGACUGUAUCUAUUGAGACAGUGUAUACAACCAUCAAAGUCCUUGCUGAAGUGGCUACAUCAUUAAAUGAGACAUUGGGUCUGGAUUUCCAGCUGUCAAACAGCACAACUCAGAGUUUGCUGGAGAAUAUCUCUACCCUGCUGGAAACAAUGCAUAAAAGGCAUUUCAGGGAGCAGCACCAAAAUGCCAAUGCUGUACUGAAAGCUGCAGAAAGGUUGUUGCUACGGGUUCAGAAAGAGUAUCACAGACCCCAGCAAGAAUUUGCAGAACUGAAAAAAGAUACAAGUGAUCUCUUGUCAAACCACAUGAGCAGACUACAGGAAGCCCAGGACUUGGUGAAUGAGGCUCAUGCUAACACAAAUGAGAUGAACCGUCUGCUUCCCCUUAUCUAUAGUAACCUGGCAGAAUUAAAUAAUAAAAAGCUAAACAUAAAUGAGGAAAAUGACCUUUCCAACAUGCUAAUUAAGGAAGGGAAGGCAUUGGUGGAUGUUGCUGCACGUCUUGCCACAGAUGUAAAGAACUCUACAUCGAAUCUAGAUCUCCAACGAGAUGGGCUGAUUCUCUGGAAUGCGAAAUUGCGGCAUCAUGUGGAUGACCUGGUUAUGCAGAUGUCCAUGAGAAGAAUGCUUGACUUAGUCUACAGAGCAGAGGAUCAUGCAGCUGAACUUCAAAGACUUGCAGACGUUUUAGACAGUGGCCUUUCAAAUGUAAGAAACGUAUCUUUGAAUGCAACCAGUACUGUCUAUGCCCAUCCCAACAUUAAAAGUUUGAUUGAAAGUACAGAGAGUCUAGCAGAUGAUGCUUCUCGAAUUAUAAUUGACCCCUUGGACCUGCCAGGCGAAUCUUUUGAUUCUCUUGGGAAAGACACCUUACUGCUUAGUUCGAAAUUUCUAAAUGAAGCAAAAAAUCUGAAGAGGAAAAAUGAUGGCCUUGUGUCUGGAUUGAAUGGAUUGAGGGAAAAGGUACAAAAGGUUCGGGAGGGUUCUCAUAAGAUUGCUAAGCAGCUUAAAGUUUCAGUGACAGCACUGAAAGCACUACCUAAUGAUACCAGUGAAAUAAUUGUUGAAGCAAAAGAGAUGGCUAUGGCUGCGAACAAAAGUGAUGUUACUGGUGUAAGCCAUAUUGUGGAUUUUACUCAGAAGCUGAUGAACACUUCAUCUGCAUUGUCCAGAGUUAAUGACACAUUGCGGAAAACCAGUGAACUUAUAAUGGACUCAUCAAAAGCCGCAACCUCAGCUGAACAACAAGUUAAAGAAGUAGAAGCACAAGCCAAUCUUUUAUUUGAUAGGCUGAAACCGCUGAAAAGGCUAGAAGAGAACCUGAGCAGAAAUCUGUCUGAAAUAAAAGAACUCAUCAGUCAGGCCCGCAAGCAGGCAGCAUCUAUUAAAGUUGCAGUAUCAGCAGACAGAGAUUGUAUUCGUGCCUACCAGCCUCAGAUUUCAUCCUCUAACUACAACACCUUAACAUUAAAUGUUAAAACAAUAGAACCUGACAACCUUCUUUUCUAUAUGGGUAGCAAUGGAAAUAAUGACUUUAUAGCAGUGGAGAUGCGGCGUGGUAGAGUAGCCUUUCUUUGGGAUAUGGGCUCUGGAUCAACAAGAGUGGAGUAUCCUGAUUUUAAAAUUGACAACAACAAGUGGCACAGGAUACAUGCAACCAGGUUUGGAAAAACUGGUACACUGAGUGUAGAGGAAGUGAGCUCCACUCAGAAGCCCUUAACUAAAACUGCAACCUCUCCUGGGACAGCUACUGUACUGGAUGUAAACAAAUCAACACUGAUAUUUGUUGGUGGACUUGGAGGGCAAAUCAAGAAAUCACCAGCAGUUAAGGUGACUCAUUUCAAAGGAUGCAUGGGAGAGGCAUCCUUGAAUGGCAAAUCUAUUGGUCUUUGGAAUUACAUUGAAAGGGAGGGUAAAUGCAAUGGAUGCUUUGGAAGCCCUCAGGAUGAAGACACUUCAUUCCAUUUUGAUGGCAGUGGAUAUUCAGUUGUGGAGAAGGCGCUCCGCUCCACCGUGACUCAAAUAAUAAUGUUUUUCAGCACCUUCUCCCCUAAUGGGCUCCUGCUGUAUCUUGCUUCUAAUGGCACUAGAGAUUUCUUGUCUCUGGAACUUGUUGAUGGCAAAGUGAGACUGACUGUUGAUCUUGGUUCAGGACCACUUACUCUUUCAACAGAGAAUCGUUACAAUAAUGGGACAUGGUAUAAAAUUUCAUUCAGCCGCAACAAGAAACAAGGAGUAUUGGCAGUCAUGGAUGCGUAUAACCUUAAUUAUAAGGAAACCAAGCAAGGAGAAUCCCCUGGAGUAGCCUCGGACCUCAAUCGUUCAGAUAAGGACCCAAUUUACAUUGGUGGACUACCAAGAACAAGGGCUGUGAGGAAAGGACUUAGCAGCAGAACAUAUGUAGGUUGUAUUAAGAACUUGGAAAUAUCCCGCUCUACCUUUGAUUUGAUUAGAAACUCAUAUGGUGUGAGAAAAGGCUGCAUAUUGGAGCCUAUCCGUAGUGUCAGCAUCUUGAAUGAUGGCUACAUUGAAUUAGAGCCUAAGCCCCUAUCUCCUGAAACAGAACUAAUGGCAACUUUUGCUACUAAGAACAGUAGCGGAAUCAUCCUUGCUGGUCUCAACAAGGGAGCAGGGAAGCGACAACGCAGACAAGCACAUUUGCCCUUCUUUUCCAUCAUACUGAUUGAUGGUCAUCUCACUGUGCAUGUUAAUGCAGGGGACAGAGCAAGUACCAAAAAAGUCAUUCUCCAGUCUGCUAAUGGGACAUACAGAGAUGGACAAGAACACUCUGUCAUCCUGAUCCGGAAUAAGAGGAUGAUAACUGUACAAGUGGAUGAAAGUAACCCUGCAGAAAUGAGACUCAGCUCAUCAGCAGAAAUUAGUCCUAUGAAUAUUUCCAACUUCUAUGUUGGUGGGGUGCCAGCAGGCGAGGGCAUCUUAGGGUUGAAGAUGACUGGAUCUUUUUACGGAUGUAUAAGCAAUCUGAUUUUUAACAAGGAGCUUUUGGAUUUCACCACUGCUGUGAGGUAUCAACAUGUGGACAUGGGUAACUGCUUGCUUUCAGAGAAGCCUAAACCAGCAAUACAUCCAGAAGAUAUUGAGAUUCAACCUGACCUUCAGGCUUUGCCAGUUCCUCUAAGGCCUCUUCCAGAUAAUAAGAAGGCACAGUGUGCACAAGAUGAAAUGCCAGAUCAUGUUCCCGGUGCCCACCAGUUUGGACUUGCCAGAGGCAGCCAUUUAGUACUGAUUUUUAAUCCGAGUACUGUCAGAAGGAAACUCUCUGUUCAGCUGAACCUCAGAACCUAUGCUUCUAGUGGCCUGAUUUGCUACAUGGCUCAUCAGAAUCAAGUUGAUUAUGCAGCCCUUCAGCUUCUGGGGGGACAGCUAUAUUUCUCAUUUGAUCUUGGAAAAGGAAAAGCAGUGACUUUUCACCCUGUUAUCAUCAGUGAUGGAAAAUGGCACAUGAUAAAGGCAGAAUAUGUUAAAAGGAAAGGCAUAAUCAUCGUUGAUGGUCAGGAGUCAGCAGCAGUUAUUGCUCUGGGAGAUGGCAACACGCUGGAUGUUGAAGGGAAGCUCUAUCUGGGAGGACUUCCCUUAGAUUAUACAGCUAAGAAUAUUGGAAAUGUCACCAACAGUAUCCCUGCAUGCGUUGGCAGUGUAAUGGUUAACAAUAAGCCACUGGACAAAGAAAGCCCAGUCUCCAUCUUUGCUGUGAAUAAAUGCUAUGCAACAGCACAGGAAGGCACUUACUUCGAUGGAAGUGGCUUUGCUGCUCUUGUUAGAGAAGGUUAUAAAGUCCGAUCUGAUAUGAAUGUUACAUUUGAGUUCCGUACCACUGCCGCAAAUGGAGUUCUUCUUGGAAUUAGCAGUGCUAAAGUAGAUGCCAUUGGAUUGGAGAUUGUAAAUGGCAAGGUUUUGUUCCAUGUCAACAAUGGAGCUGGCAGAAUAACAGCCACAUAUGAAACAAGAGAUGCAAAUAGCUUAUGUGAUGGGAAGUGGCACAAACUUCAAGCAAACAAAAGCAAACAUCGAAUUGCUCUGAUAAUUGAUGGGAAUGUGGUCCAGGCCGAUAAUCCUCAUAUCCAGUCAACAUCUGCAGAUACAAACAAUCCUAUUUAUGUUGGAGGCUAUCCCACUGAUGUGAAGCAAAACUGUCUGACUAGCAAGAGCUCAUUCCACGGGUGUUUGCGAAACCUGAUGUUGAUCAAAGGCCAACAGGUAGAAUCCUUUGACUUCAGCAAAGCCUUUGACCUGCGUGGAGUCUUUCCUCAUUCCUGCCCUGGACCUGAACGCUAAACUGCAGAGAAAGGUUUUAGGAUCGAGAGCGGGUUAAUUUUCGUUGUUGCAGUUGCUUUAUUUUCCCAUUUCUUUGUGAAGAGAAGUUGUUGUGAGAACCCAGGCCUCUUUGAUUUCAGUUACUUUUCAGCUCAGGACAAAUUUUUAGGCAGAAGUUCUGCGCUUAACAUUUUAACAAAAAAUACCUCUACUAAAAUGUUAACAGCCUUAAUUGGGAUUCUUUUUCUUUUUGAACCUUUUAUUAAUCGGUGUUUACAACAUGUGUUCUGUUGAUUACUUGACAGUAUUUCAUUUAAUUGUAUAAAAAAUAAAAAAAAUAUUGGAGACCACAUAAUAAAAAUGCAAUAAAACAUGGAUUGUGUCACUUGA